CACCCCCCCAAAAAAAAACACCCUCUCUCGCUUUCUCUCUCUCUCUCUCUCUCUCUCUCACCACACACACACACAACAAUGAAAAAGAUGGCAAAUUCGAUGGGGAAAAUGCAGCCUUCAGACCCGAGGAGAAAAAGGCAGGCGUUCCUGGAGGAGCUGCGGCAGUUUCACCACAACAGAGGGACGCCUUUUAAAAAGAUCCCAGUAGUGGCUGGAAAGGAGCUGGAUCUUCACGCUCUCUACACCAGAGUCACCAGCCUGGGAGGAUUCGCCAAGGUAACUGACAAGAACAAAUGGUCACAGAUAACGGAGGAAUUAAACUUUCCGAAAGGUUGCCCUAAUGCAGCAUUUGCCUUAAAACAAUAUUACUUACGUUACCUUGAAGCUUAUGAGAAAGUACAUCACUUUGGGGAAGAUGAUGACGAGGUUAGUUCAGGGAAUCAACGGGGACCAGUUCCUGUAGGUGGAGUACCUUCUUCAUACAGUUACCAGCAGCAUAUAUUGUCAGAUUAUAUUCGACAAAGCUAUGGACUUAAUACGGAGUUUGUCACACUUAGUGACUACAAUAAAUUGGUUCUUUCCCUUAUGUCUGGACUCCCUAAUGAAGUGGAUUUUGCAAUUAAUGUUUGCACUCUUCUCUCAAAUGGGAAUAAGCACAUCAUGCAACUUGAAAAGGACCCCAGAAUCACCACCGUUUUACUUGCGCAUGCUGGAGUUUUUGAUGACAAUUUGGGUACCUUGUCUUCUGUAUUUGGUGCAGAAUGGAAAGAAAAAACAGGCAGAGAUUUUGUUAAGUUCUGGAAAGAUAAUGUUGAAGAUAGUGAAAUACGGGAACUUAUUAUUUUCAGGAACAAUGGACCACAAGGUACGAGUAUAGAAAUCGAUACGGAGUCGUCUUUAUUCCAUCCCCCUCAUAAAGUGGGCAUCAAUGAUGUUGAGGGGCAACGUAUACUUCAGAUAGCAGUAAUCCUUCGCAAUUUGUCAUUUGAGGAAGGAAAUGUGAAGCUAUUGGCAGCUCACCGUACAUGUGUCCGUUUCCUGUUGUUAUGUUCCCAUUGUCAGUAUGCUUCUCUCAAGCAACUGGGGCUGGACACAUUGGGUAACGUAGCAGCUGAGCUUCAGUUGGAUCCUGUUGAUUUUAAAAGUACUCAUCUAAUUUUUCAUACUGUAACUAAAUGUCUACUUUCCUGCGACAAGUGUUUGAAAAUAAGAGGUAUGGAAAUACUAGGAAAUCUAUGUAGAGCUGAAGAUAAUGCAGAUUUGAUAUGUGAAUACGUGGAUCAGGAGUCUUACAAAGAAAUUAUAUGUCAUCUAACUUUGCCUGAUAUGCUGCUGGUAAUCUCCUCAUUAGAGGUGCUAUACAUGCUAACUGAACUAGGAGAAGUACCCUGCACAAAGAUAGUUAGCGUGGAAAAAUGUGUGGAUAUGUUAGUGUGUCUUGUGUCGGUGGAUAUCCAGUCAUUUGAGUCUGACGCAGUGAAAUUAGUUGAAUAUCAAAGUUCUAACCAUCAAGUAAUCUCAGAGAUCAGACCACAAACUAUGGAGCAUUUGCAGCAUGGACCAGCUCAUGUUGUGACAGCUUCAGCAGCAAGAGUUGGCUCAAUAUCGGCAACCCCACCAGGAAUAGAAGUUGACAGUGAAAAGUUUGGCUGUCAAUGGUUAAACGCACAUUUUGAGACAUCCUUGGAAGGCUCAAUUUCACGACUCGAUCUUUACUCUGAAUAUCUUGCUGUGUGCAGUAAAUUAGCUAGGGGUGGAAUUCUAACAUCAACAGGAUUUAACAAAUGUCUGAGGACUCUGUUUCCAACCUAUACAGUAAGACGAAUUGAAGAUCCCAAUAAUAGCGGGCAAGCACAAAUACACAUAGUAGGUAUCCAAAGAAGGGCUACACCACUUCCCAUGCAGUCACACUACCAGCAAUCACCAACAGUUCCCUCCGUUAUGGCAGAGAUAACACGGAAUACAUCUCCCUCAGGAAUAUUCCUGCAGUCUGCUCCUUUAGCAGUAUCAUCAGCACCACCAUCAGGAACCCAGCAGAUCAAUUCUCAUUCUCUUCAACAUCAAGUUCAAUUGUUGCACCAACAUGGCGAGCUGACAAGAAAACCUGGACAGAAUUUCAUGUGCCUGUGGCAAGCAUGCAGAAGGUGGUUUGAAUCUCCAUCUCAGGUAUAUUAUCACGCAGCAACUGAGCACGGAGGGAAAGAUGUAUAUCCAGGGGCAUGUAUGUGGGAAGCUUGUGAACACUUCCCACGACAGCGACUCUCCUUCAUUACUCACUUACAAGAUAAACACUGCACAAAAGAAGCACUCCUUACAGGACUGAAGAAGCUUGAAGAGCAAGCACAAGGUGGAAACCAACAAAAUUCCAAUAAGCAGACACCAGCUGGAGCUACUUCUGUUGCUAAAGCACAGAAGACCAUUGUGAAUCAUCCCAGUGCUGCCUUAGUGGCAUUGCGGAGAGGAUCUAGGAACCUUGCAUUUAGAGAUUAUAUGGAUGAAAAGGAAGGUCCAAUAACAAAACACAUCCGGUUGACAGCUGCCUUAAUUUUAAAAAAUGUUGCUAAGUAUUCAGAUUGCGGUCGCAGAUUACUAAAGCGACAUGAAAACCAAUUGUCUGUACUAGCCCUUAGCAACAUGGAAGCUUCCAACACUCUUGCCAAAUGCCUUUUCGAACUUGUGCAUCUAGAACACUUACAACCACCAGAAGAUAAACUCUGAAACAGUGUGUUGACAUUACAUAUAUGGCCAGUGUGUACAGUAUUCUAAGAUGACCUGUAAAUGAUUUUCAGAACAAAACAGCAAGUCCUAUUGAGAAGAGGCCAUUGUGGACAUAGUUUCUUUAAAUCCUUAUCCAUGUUGCACAGAAGCUUUUCGUUGUGAUCACAAACUGAUUCUGUGGUUGACCAGCUUUUAAUAGGAUUACCAAUUGUCUGUUUGGAAUCCAGUACCAUUUUUUAAAAAGUUUGGAAGUAGUAAAUACUAAAAAUUGAGAGGCUACACAGAUCAAAUAAUAGCAUUAAUUAUUUUUGCCCUGUACCCCGUGUGAGGACAUUUUUAUAUUUUGUAAUGAGUGACUAAACUGGGGUUUAAUAGAACAGAAAUGGAUGCACUGGAUGUAAUGUCUGCGAUUGAAGAGGUUGCAGCUUAUUUCUAGUGAAGUGUUUUCCUGUUUAGAAUUCGGUAGCUUGUUUUUUUUCAUACUUGAGCCAAUAUAUUUUCACUUAUUUAUUAUCACAUGAUCAGUUGUAAAUAUUUGUGAAUAAAAUGAACCAACUUUCAUGCCACUGCAAUCAUUGGAAACACAGCUUGUGGUAUCAGUAGCAUUAUUGUUAGGACUCUUAUUUUCUAGUGUUUCCUGUCAAUUGUAAGUAAUUGUGAUAUAUUUCCUGCAGUGGAUGAAUGUUCUUUAAGUCUGUGUAAAUAAUUCUGCAAUGGUACUGAUGCUGUAAAGUCAAAAGCAGUUUUGUGGAACUGAUUUUUUUGUAUAAUACGCCUUGUAGAACUCAUUUGCUGGUUGAAAGAGUAUGAAAUAAUAUAUCUCAUGUCAUUUUGUAGAAGAAAACUAUUGAAGGUAUUUUUGGUUUACCCUAACUCGGACCCACUGAAAGGUAUCACUUAGUACAAGCGCGGUGCUUGUACAGGAUUUUUUGUAUCUGUAAAUUGUUUAAAUACAAGGAAUUUUAUACAGGUUUUUCUCCGUGUUAUAUUUACAUUAGGUGCAGGUAUGGUAUUUUCUUCACUAUUCAUAACAUUAUUUUCCAAUCUAAUUAUAGUGCAGUAUUUUAGUGUUUGUUCUUCCAUCUUUAAUAUUGUACCAUUCCACGUUCCUGUUUUGUCUCUAGGUUAUGUCCUGAAUGGUGUGUUAUGUGAUCUUUCAUAACUGCCUAUUGCCUGAUGUAUUAGCAUCCAGAGGAGGGAACACUCUCCUUUCCCAUUUCCUGCUUUGUCUGUAGAAUGUGCAGUAAUAACAUACAACAGUUUUACAUUAGGUGACUUUAAUUACUUUGACUGUUUAUAGUUUUAAAUAAAAGAGGCUGGACAUUU